AUGAUGAUGCCAAAGCCUGCCGUCCAGACGACUCCUGGAAGUGUCCUGUCCCUGAGACCCACUGCUCCUGGAUCCCCACUCACCAUCACUGCGCGGGUGGAUGGUGGAGUCAUUGGGUACAAGGACCUGGCUGCCAUUCCCAGAGACAAGGCCAUUCUGGAGAUCGAGCGUCCAGACCUCAUGUUGUACCAGCCGCACUACUGCUAUAGUCCUAUAGAGAGGUCGUUGUCUCCGUACUCUGUGUCCCCGCCCCCUUCUCCCGAUCACAUGCUGAAGGAGACACGUGAUUGGUUGGACAGACGAUCAGGGGGUGGAUCUUCAUCCCCGGGCUCCACCAAUCAGAGCCGGACUCACAGCAGCAUGUCGACGCCCACCACCCCACAGACCGCGUCCACUCCAACCCAGACCAUCAACAAGACCCCCUUACAGCACUUUCAUAGACCAGACAAUGGCACUAACAUCUACAAGAAGCCUCCAAUCUACAAACAAGCCGCUUCAUCACCUCCUCAGGACAAACACAUGCAGGAGCUGAUCAUCGAGUCGUCCAGGUUUCCUUCUGCUCAGGCUCCGGAUCCAAACCUGCCCUCAGCCAUCGAGACCGAGUCCUGGCCCUGCCCCCCCUCCACAGCUAUUAUAGAGCAGGAGAGUCGAAGGAGAGCUCAGCCCCCAGAGGAAGAGGAGGAAGAGGAGACAGACGACUUCUUCCAGCUCAGACUCCGACACUCGCAGCAGCUCAGCACGAUCCCGGGGAACAUGGACGCAAGAAAACCCGAUCCCUUCCUGAAUGUAACACAGGGUCCAAAUCCUCUAAACUGGCUACAUCCACGACCCCAGGACUUUCCAGGCUCCAGUCAGCAGAGUUCAGACCAACAGACACGGCUCCUGAAGAACGGGGACUCGCGGGCGGACAGCAGAGCCUCCUCACAUCAGCUCAAGGUGUUCCCGUACUCUGCUCUGGUGGUGACGCACAGAGGGAGGAGCACACUGCCCCCACAGGCCGAUCGCACGCAGCUCGAGCGCCACCUGUCUGAGGACGAGUUCUACAGCGUGUUCAGGAUGACACUGGAGGAGUUUGACCAGCUGUCGCUAUGGAAACGCAAUGAGCUCAAGAAAAGAGUCUGCCUCUUCUGA